ACGUUUUGACAACCCUACAAAAUUAGUCAAAGUUUCCUGCGUUGUAAAAUCGUCACAACAGACUUGUAUGCAUUACUCACUUACUGUUUACUCUAGAUUAUAAAAACACUACGGUGCGGUAUAGUACUAAACGACUCGCAAUCAAAAUCACAGUCAACAUUCAACACCGGCAAGCGACAGUUGUUGAAACAAUGAAUUUUUGUGUGUUUGUAUUUUUUACCAUAAUCGGCUUAGCGCAAAUAGCGCAAUGCAAACUGCUAAAUUUGUCGUGUCAGCAAAUUCACAAAUUCGUGGAUGGUCACAAUUCAAGGCGCCUCGAAGUGGCAAAUGGGAAAAUAAACAGUCAACCAAGCGCUGAAAAGAUGAAGUCAGUGAUUUGGGACGAAGAACUAGCCGCUAAGGCGGCGCAUUGGGCUGCCAAAAACCCUUCCGGUCAUAACCCUGAUAAAACAGUUGGAUCCGGAAAGUACCAAACGGGCGAAAAUCUCUACUGGUAUAUGACCACAGACAAAUCGUACAAAUUGAACGUGGAUAACGCUCUAAAGUCGUGGUUUGAAGAGUACAAGGACUAUACCUUCGGACCGCUAAAGGGGUCUGAUUUUACAAGCAGCAAGCAGAUUGGACAUUACACGCAGAUGAUAUGGUCCGAUUCAACACACGUCGGUUGUGCAGUGUCACAAAAUCACGACGGAGACUGGAAUAAAUUUACAGUUGUCUGCAACUACGGCCCAGCAGGUAACUGGAUAGGCGAAGCGCCGUACAGAAAUGGCCACGGUAGCGGCAAACUAGUGUGCGGCGCCCGCGACUGCUCAAGACAGUACGGAAGCAAAUGCUGAACGCUCAUUGGCUAAAAGGACAACGCGAUUUUAUUGGCUGGUUCAGGGGUAAAGUAAAGUAAAGUAAAGUAAAUUUUAUUUGUAAAACACAGGUGAUACAGUUCUUAAGUAAAAAUGGGUAGUUACAGAGCUCUGUGUUUUGCCUAUUGGCGUACAAAUGUUAUAAAACUUAAAAAACUAUGGCGACUAUGGUAUUAAUAAAUUCUUACAAUUAUAUUAGCAUGUUAUCUGAAACGAAAACAAUUAACAUUUAAGGUAUUAUUUAUACAUCAUAUUAAAGAUACAACAUACCGGGUGUGGCCUGUAAUAUGAGCAAAAAAUUAAACCGUAAGCUGUACUUCUCAUACUGACCAACAUUUGUUCAGCGACAUUUAAAAAUAACUUGUGGAUUGAUUUUUAAUACACUUUAAAGUUUAUUAUAAGACGUAAUGUAUUGCAAAUUUUGUUAUGUUUAAGGCAUGACAAGCAACGUCAGUCACAAUGAUAAUGGCGUGGCGAUGGCGUCCAUUGAAGAUAAUAUUUAUUUUGUAUGAAAAAUAGGGAGUCUAAAUACUUCAUAAUUUUUAAUAGUUGUUGAAGAAAAGUGUAACCGUUUGAGGAGUACAAUCUAUGUUUUAAUUAUUUGCUCGUGUUACAGGCCACACCAGGUAUACAAUUUAAUAUUCAAAACGCACAAACAUUAAGUAAACAAAAUAUUGAAGUAAAGAUUAAAUCAUUAUAUAGACUGGACAAGUUAUAAUUGGGUGUUUUAUGUAUCGCUAAGAAAAUCAUUUAUUGAGUAGUAGCAUUUAUUUAUUAAAUAUGAUUUUAAUUGUAUUUUAAAUUGAUCAGUUGGCAAGGACUUUAUACUAUUUGGGAUACUAUUAAAAAUUUUUGGGGCCAUACCCAAUAUACUUUUGCCCAAGAAAGCAGUGUUGUGUUGACUAUUGCAGAUGUUGUUAUGAUAUUGUAUACGUACGGGUAGCCUGCGUUGUUGAGAUACCAUUUUGAACUGUUGCGGAUUUGUUUUUAUAAAA